UUGUGAUGAGUGAAAACACUUUAGCAGAAGCUACAACAAGAAGAGAAGAAGAGAAAAAAUGUCACCGGUUGGAUUACCACCAGGCUUUAGGUUCCAUCCAACCGAUGAAGAGCUUGUCAACUACUAUCUCAAGAGGAAGAUCAAUUGCCAAGAAAUUGAACUUGAUAUCAUUCCUGAAGUUGAUCUCUACAAAUGUGAACCUUGGGAAUUAGCAGAGAAAUCAUUUUUACCCAGUAGAGAUCCAGAGUGGUACUUUUUUGGACCCCGGGAUAGGAAAUACCCGAAUGGGUUUAGAACAAAUAGAGCAACUCGUGCAGGGUACUGGAAGUCCACUGGAAAAGAUAGGAAAGUUUCCUGCCAAAGCAGACCCAUUGGCAUGAAGAAGACUUUGGUGUACUAUAGAGGCAGAGCUCCUCAAGGAAUCAGAACUGAUUGGGUAAUGCAUGAGUAUCGCCUUGAUGACAAAGAGUGUGAAGACACCACUGGAUUACAGGAUACUUAUGCAUUGUGCCGGGUGUUCAAGAAAAAUGGAAUCUGUUCUGAGAUUGAAGAGCAAGGACAAUGUAGUAUAUCACUCAUUGAGAGCUGCCAAACCAUGAUUAAUGAGUGUGAUACCAUGUCUCCUGACAUACCAGGCGCAUCAUCAUCAUGCUUGGAAGAGGAAGACAAAGAUGAUUCAUGGAUGCAGUUCAUUACAGAAGAUGCAUGGUAUUCUUCUAAUGCAGCUAUGGUUGGUGGUGAAGAACUCUCACAUGUUACAUUUACAAACUAAUAUUUUGAAGACCUAAUGGCAGGCCAGAUUGGUGGUGAAUAACUUGGGAGCCGGAUAUUAAUAUAAAUAUAUAUAUAUUUAUAUACAUUUCAUCAUAUAAUAAAAUAUUUAUACAUUUUCCAUAUAACUGUUAUUAAGAGAUUUAACUUUUGCUUUUCUGAUUAUCAUUAUACUUAAUUGGUGAGGAUGGUUUGGUUUGUUUUUGGUUUGGUGGGCUUGUUAAUUAGGAUCAUAUUAUUGCAUUGAUUUU